AUGCAAACACAAGUCUAUAGAAGUGGCUGUGCAGGUCCUGGCAGACUUGAAGAACAAGCAUCCUCAUGGAGCUGUGAGCACGGCAAGGAAAGGAAAAUGGCAAGCGGAACGAUGGACCCUCAACCUGUAUUACACCAAACACACACUGAUCACAAAUCUUCAAAAGAGAAGAUGGAAGAGAUGAAGAAUCCCAUCUCCAGCACUUUUAAAAGCCAAGACAUUGCUGCCCUGGCUGAAAAACUGGCAAAUCUUGCCCAGAACACCCCUCUGCGAUUCAGUGAUGAAGCAAUGAGACCAACGACUAUAAGCCAUUCUCGAUUUGGCAGUUAUAGCCAACACUCAUUCUUUUCAAGGCAUAAUCCCCACCCUCAUCGGGUCACACAUAUUCAAGGGCUUAAUGGGAUCCCCAUAUGUAUUGUGAAUGAUGACUGGUCUGUCACCUCCCCUCUGUAUCCUCAUCCUAUGAUGAAGAACCAGCUCCCCACUAACCUGCUGGGUGUUCCCAGUCUGCCUAUAGGAGAUCCACGUAGUAACAAAGUUCCAUAUCUGACGUCAGGUGGCAUAUCUGAAGCAUGGCGAGAAGAGCUGAAAGAGUUGGCUACAAAAGUUGCUGUUGCUGAUAAAAAGACAGAAAAGAAAGAGAAGGAGGAACCACGGAGGUCCACACAGUACUCAGCAGAAACUGGACGCAUCAUUCCUGCAUCUGCCCGAGCCUUGACCAGACGUGGCUCCCGAAAACAGAACAGCAAAGGAAAACAUGAAAACUCCUCUUUCCAAGACCAAGAACUUCUAGUACUGGAGUUACUUUGCCAGAUUCUACAAACAGAUUCUCUGUCUGCCAUCCAACAGUGGCUUCUGUCUGCUGGCCAAAGAGAGAAAGACCUUGUCAUGAACAUGAUCCAGACAGCAACUGCCAAUGUGGACCCGGAAUCCCAAACCAUGGGGGAGAGGCUUAAUUCCCAGAAUGCUUUAGGACUGCUGUCAAGAGAUGAACAUAUUCAAAGAACUUUAAACAGUAGUUCGCAGAAACAGAAACCAGAACCCAUUCCUGAGGAAGACAAACCAGAACGUAUUGGUACUGCAGAAGUCUUACAGAUACAUUCAGCAGACAAUGAAAACCAGAGCAAGCCUGAGUGCGAUAAAUGA